AUGAUGAUGAUGAUAAGUAGUAGGACAACAUCUAAAUUUAUACAUAAUAUCAUUUGCACAUCUAGUAGCAAUGCUGCUGUUGCUAUACAAUAUAGUAAAAGUACAAGUUGGUUAAACAACAACAACAAUAGUCACCAACAACAAACAUCAACCAAUAAUAGUAAUAAUACAUAUACAAAUUAUUCUUCUUCUUCUUCUUCACAUUAUAAUCAUCUUAAUUUAAAUAAGAGAUUGUUUUCAACUAUUAGUACUACUACAAAUACUUCUACUUCUACUUCUACUACAACUACCACUUCUCCCACUGCAUCAACACCAACAACAGAAAAAUAUGUACCAACAACAAGUAAAAUAUUUGAUACCAAAGACAAGAUUGCAAGAGAUCAAUUGAUUAGAACUGUUAUAUGUCGUGAUGGACCAAAAGAUAGAGUUAGAGCAAAACAUAGAUUCAUGAUUGUUGGAUUGGGUAACCCAGACAAGGAACAUUUGACUACACGACACAACAUGGGUUUCCUAGCAGUCGAUCAAUUGGCUAAACUACUAAAGACUCAAAUAGACCACAUUGCCUACAAUUGUCAUAGUACUACUCUUUAUUUGGAAUUAGAUGAACAAGUAAAAAGAAUUGGUGAUAUUAAUAUUAAAAUUAAACCAAAUGAAGAAAAAGAUAAAGAUAAAGAACAAGAUAAAGAACAAGAUAAAGAUAAAGAAAAGAAGGUUGGUGAAGAACAAGAUAAACAAGAAGAUAAAGAAGUAGAGAAAAAAGAAAAGAAAGAUAAUAAUAAUAAUCAACAACAACAAAUUAAAUCAACAUAUAUAAUUAAAGCACCAAAAAAGACAAUAAUAGAAUUGAUAUUAGUUAAACCAAUGAAAUAUAUGAAUCUUAGUGGUGGAGUAGUAAGAGCUAUGCGAUCACAAUUUGAUGUACCAAUUGAAAAUAUAUUAAUUAUGGUAGAUGAUACUCAUUUGGAAUUGGGAUUUGUUAGAUUGCGUGGAAAGGGUUCGGCUGGUGGUCAGAAUGGAAUGGCUGAUAUUAUCAAGAGAUUGGGUACUGACAAGGUAUCUCGUCUACGUAUUGGUGUCGGUCACCAAUACCCAGGUGGGUCAUUGGCAACUCAUGUCCUCUCAAAAUUCCCAAUUGACUCUAUGAGAGAUGUUGCCAAAUCAUGUGAACUAUCAAGUUUAAUAGCUUUAAUGUGGAUUGAACAAGGUGUAGAUAGAACAAUGUCUUUAACAAAUAAUGUAUCAAAAAGUAAAAUUAACUAA